AUGGCACAAACGAUAUUUAAUCACUUAAAUAAUAGUCAAAAAACAGCAACGAAACAUAUAAAUUUUCAGCAAAGUAAUAAUAAACAACCUUCUCUUUCGGGUGAGACACUCAACGUUUAUGACAAUCCAAAUUCCGGACUGCUGAAUGGAGAAUUAGACUUGGCGCCAUUUCCUAACCUUAGAAAAAUCACUUUUCAGCAAAACGUUCGAUUUAAUAUUUUAGAAAGUAUAGACCUUAGUAAAAAUGAAAAAUUAAGUAGAAUAGUGAUUAGUGGACAAAAUGAUAAUUUUUUUGAAAAUAAUAGCUUUACUUUGCUAAUUAAAGAGAUACAGCUUAGUAGAAUAAUUUUAGCAUGUGAGAUAAAAGAUUAUCGUGGAACUCAAUGGGUAUGGAUAAAGACAACAAAUUAUUUAAGGGAUCAAGCCAUUAUACCAUAUUUCUUAGUCGAAGAUAGGAAAAUAGAACAAUUAGAAGCCGAAGUUGCAA